UGCAGGAGUUUUAGAGUAGCUCUCUCUCUCUGCGCUGGAAGAUGAAGCCCUGCUGGACUGUGCAAUAAGGAUUACAGACAUAAGACAGAGAAGAGAGGACCGUUAUAUAUUUACCAGGCAACUUUCAACAUUUAUUUCAGGAUGCCUCGUUCAUUCCUCGUAAAGAAGCAUUUUAACGCAGCCAAGAAGCCGAAUUACAGUGAACUGGAGAGUCCAACAGUGUUUAUUUCUCCAUAUGUACUAAAAACCCUCCCGGUGCCUGUUAUACCUCAACCUGAAGUCCUAAGCCCUGUGGCAUACAACCCCAUAACCGUAUGGACUACAAGCAACCUGCCCCUGUCACCCCUUCCCAGCGAUCUCUCCCCCAUAUCCGGAUACCCCUCUUCCAUUUCCGACACAUCCUCCAAUAAAGACCACAGCGGCUCCGAGAGCCCCAGGAGUGACGAAGAUGAGAGAAUACAGUCCACUAAACUCUCAGACGCGGAGAAGUUUCAGUGCAGUUUGUGUAACAAGUCUUACAGCACGUAUUCUGGACUCAUGAAACACAAGCAACUGCACUGCGAUGCACAGACCCGGAAAUCUUUCAGCUGCAAGUACUGCGAGAAGGAGUACGUGAGUCUCGGGGCCCUAAAGAUGCACAUAAGGACACACACGUUGCCUUGCGUUUGUAAAAUGUGUGGGAAAGCCUUCUCCAGGCCGUGGUUGCUGCAAGGGCAUAUUAGGACACAUACAGGUGAGAAACCAUUUUCGUGUCCCCAUUGCAGUCGUGCAUUUGCGGACAGGUCCAACCUCCGAGCUCACCUGCAAACCCACUCGGACGUGAAGAAAUACCAGUGCAAAAACUGCUCCAAAACCUUCUCGCGCAUGUCACUGCUGCACAAACACGAGGAAUCUGGCUGUUGCAUUGCACACUGAGACAAGCGCAUCAUUCACAAACAUUCGUAUAACAGGGCUUGCAUUGACCAAGUGCCUUUGAUUGUGAACGCGAAUCUCGGACGUGUUCUUCCUGUUCGUAUAUUUGUGGUCAACUGGAUACAUAUUGAUAGCAGAUGCAUCCCAAAUCAGCGCUCCUAACUUUGACUAUUAAAAUGCACAGCCCCAGGGUCUGUAUCUUGAGGCGUCAUUCAAAGAUCAGAUUCCAAUCUUGUUUACGCCCAUUCAAGACACGUUAACAAGCGAAAACCGACCCAAAACAGCCUUUCCAAGAUGCCUUGUGAGUUUGGUUCCUGGAGAACCUUCGACACCCUCAAAACGGAAAAGGCAAAAAAGACUGUUUGUUGGAUCCCUGGUGGUCUUAACUCAACAUAAGAGCCCUUUCAUUUCAGUGUAAAAGCAGAUUCAUUCAACAUGUCAUGUGGCCAUCAUGUGUGUUCCAUUUAAACAGUAUUAGCCCUGUCUGUGUCGGGUUGAUAUGUACUGUACAUUUGUUUACAGCUAUGUACUAUUUGGGAGGUUCUAUACACUCUCUAAUAAGCAAUAAGUUGUACCAGUUUUAAGUCUGUGACUGAUGUUUAAGGGUAUGACAGUCACUUUUUUACUUUGUGGUUUUUUUCUGUUCUGAGAUGUAAUCGGUCAGAUAUUUUCACAAACCAAUGAGCUUGAGACCAAAGGAAUAGCCAUUUUUAUACAGGGAACAAGUGCAAAAUGAUGUUUUCUUGAAUUAAAAGUAUUUAAACAAUUACCCAGCACUCAUACAUGCAAAACUUUGCCAUGUGCCUUUUUCAUCAGGAACUUCUGAGAUUUUGCCAUAUAAUUGUUUAAUUGAAUUUUUUUGAAUGUAUAUGACACUGAUAUGAUUGUACUUUGUAUUUCAAAGUGUAAAUGGAUGGUAUGAUUUUGUACGAAAAUAAAAUUUACACUUUUUGAAUAA